ACAUCUACUAGUUUCUACUUUUUUACAGAAUCGCUCACGCUUGUGUCCUUGAUGGUUGAAGCGACCGUAUCCUUGGAGCUGAAAUUCGUCUUGCCAUUGCCUUAUGUCGUGGGCCGUGGCAUCAACAAAACAAGAGACCAGUUUUUCCCUAGUUGGACGUUCCUCCAGCAUUUCCAGCUGUGCGGAGACACUACUAUUCCUUACAAUAUCGAAGUUGUUGAUGGUCAAAUUCUUUAUUUUUUCAUCGUCUUCCUGAAAAUCGUUAAUACCGGCCAGAGACAAGCAACGGGCGAUGAUGGAACAUUGGCUUUACCAUCCCUACAGUUCCACGAUAACACGCCUUCCAUUUCCUAUGUCUCUUGAUGUUUUGGGGUUAACCCUGGGGUACAAUGGUAAAGUGAUUUUUCGCUUAAUUCUUCUUGGUAGUUAUCUCAGGAAGGCUAUCGGCUAGUCGAAAUUCUCCAACCAGUUUGCCAGUCUCAACAUGCAAGGUCGGAUCCGGCUGAGUAAUUACGAUUGUUGGUAAAACACUUCACAGUAAAGAUGGCAAUGGCAAUAACUUUUCUGAUUUUUUUACUCAUAAGGAACGUACGGUCUGUGUCAGUCAUAGUAAUGGUCACUGAAAAUAAACUUGGUUAAAACAAAUAAAA